UGAUGCACGGAUGAUGUCAUUCCUUUUCCCUCAUUGUAUGUUUUUUUCAUCAUCAUAGUGCUCAUCACACUAGCAAUGACCAGUGAUGCAGCAGCAGUGCAGCGGAUACAGUUACAUGGUGACGGCUUUCUUCGUCAUUGCACAUGAGGUGAGGUUCCUGACUAUGUUUGGUGUCCUGUUACAUGAGCGAGGGAGUGAGAGAGUGUGAGGCGCUUUGAGUUGUUAUCACACACUACCUGAGGAAAGGGAACCACUUCAAGGGCAAAGGGAGCACAAACAAGAUCACAGAGGCUGGCAAAAAACAGCAAUCCUCCUGCUGAGGGACUGACUAUACUGACUGUCAUUUGAGCAAAGUAAUUGGCCAAAAUGGCCGAGGCCCAUCAGGCGGUGGGCUUCCAGUUCACCGUGCGUCCAGACGGCGUGGACCUUAAACUGAGCCAGGAGGUCAUCAAAAACAUCUACCUGUCUGGAGUUACAGCGUGGAAAAAGAGAGCCAUACAGUUCAAGAACGGUGUGUUGGCUGGAGUCUACCCCGCCAGUCCAUCCAGUUGGCUGAUCGUGGUCAUAGCAAUGAUGAGUACGUUGUAUACUCACAUCGACCCUUCUCUUGGAAUGAUUGACGCCAUCAAGGAGAACCUUCCCCUCAGAGGCUAUAUAUCAGUGCAGACCCGAGCCGUGCUGAGUGCCAUCCUGUUUGCCACCGGACUCUGGCUCUUCCUCAUCUACCUGCUGAGAUACACCCUCAAAGCUCUGCUCUCCUACCACGGAUGGAUCUUUGAAUCCCACGGCAAAAUGAGCACAUCCACCAAAGUGUGGCUGAGCCUGGUGAAGAUGUUCUCUGGGAGAAGACCACUGUUGUACAGCUUCCAGGCUUCCUUACCAAGACUACCUGUUCCCGAUGUGGAAGACACCAUUCACAGGUAUCUUGACUCAGUACGCCCUCUGCUGGAUGAUGAAAGGUACAAGCAAAUGGAGAUGUUGGCCGGGGAGUUUAAAGAGUCACAGGCUGCCCAGCUGCAGAGAUACUUGAUCUUCAAGUCUUGGUGGGCAACAAAUUACGUAAGUGAUUGGUGGGAGGAGUACAUCUACCUCAGAGGCAGGGGCCCAAUCAUGGUCAACAGUAACUUUUAUAUAAUGGACCUUCUCUACGUGGUCCCGACGCAUCGCCAAGCUGCACGGGCAGGUAACGUGGUCCAUGCCAUGCUGCAGUACAGACGCAAACUGGAGCGGGGUGAACAUGCACCGCUGAGGGCUUUGGGUACGGUUCCUAUGUGUUCCAUGCAGAUGGAGAGGAUGUUCAACACCACACGCAUCCCUGGCAUUGAAACAGACAUAGUGCAGCACUUGACUGACAGGAAGCACCUGGUGGUGUACCACAAGGGCAGGUUCUUCCAAGUGUGGCUGUACACAGGAGGACGGCACCUCUUACCCAGUGAACUAGAGACCCAGUUCAACCGGAUCCUCAAUGACACAUCGGAGCCUCAGCCUGGGGAGCUCAAAUUAGCAGCGCUCACUGCAGGGAAUCGAGUUCCAUGGGCUCAAGCUCGCAUCAAAUAUUUCAGCCAAGGAGUGAACAAAGCCUCCUUGGAUGCAGUAGAGUCGGCGGCCUUCUUCUUGGCCCUAGAUGAGAAGCCACAAGGUUACGAUGCUGCAAGCAGCGACAGUCUUGACGGCUAUGCCAAGUCACUGCUUCAUGGAAAAUGCUAUGACAGGUGGUUUGACAAAUCCUUCACAUUGGUUUCUUACCCAAAUGGAAAAAUGGGAAUAAAUGCUGAACAUUCCUGGGCUGACGCACCAAUAGUGGGACACAUGUGGGAGUAUGUCCUUGCCACAGACUGCUUCCACUUGGGCUACACAGAGGAAGGACAUUGUAAAGGAGACAUUAACAAAGGCCUUCCUCAUCCCACUCGACUACAAUGGAACAUUCCUAAGGAGUGCCAAAAUGUGAUUGAGACAUCUUACUUGUCUGCAAAGAAGAUUGCCGACGACGUGGACUUCCACGGAUAUCUGUUUAACGACUUUGGCAAAGGCCUGAUCAAAAAGUGCAGAACCAGUCCAGAUGCUUUCAUCCAAUUGGCCCUGCAGCUGGCCCAGUUCAGGGACCAAGGAGAGUUCUGUCUGACGUAUGAGUCCUCCAUGACACGCAUGUUCAGAGAUGGUCGCACAGAGACUGUGCGCUCCUGCACUUCUGAGGCUGUAGCAUUUGUUAAAGCCAUGGAGGACAGUAAAGCAACAAACACCCAGAGGCUCGCCCUGUUUCGGAAAGCAGCAGAUAAGCAUCAGAACAUGUACCGUCUGGCCAUGACUGGUUCUGGUAUUGACCGGCACCUCUUCUGUCUCUACAUCUUGUCCAAAUAUUUAGGUGUGGACUCUCCAUUUUUAAAGCAGGUGCUGUCCGAACCUUGGAAAUUGUCCACCAGCCAGACUCCUCAGCAGCAGCUCAACUUGGUCGACAUCAAUAAAUUCCCCAAAUACGUUAGUGCUGGAGGUGGAUUUGGCCCGGUGGCCGACGACGGCUACGGCGUGUCUUAUAUCAUCGUUGGGGAAAACCUCAUCACAUUCCACAUCUCCAGCAAGUUUUCCAGUCCCGACACGGACUCGUGCAGGUUCGGUCAGCACAUUCACCAGGCCAUGAUGGACAUCCAAGCACUUUUUAAAUCCACUACUGACAAGACCACAGCAGAGGCUGUGCAGCAGCUUCACAAUGGGAAGAAGCACAUUUAGCAGAUGUGAUCAACUGGCAAAGAUUUCUGCCGACUUUUAACUGCUAAUAUAAGAGCUGCUCAUUCCACUCACAUAAGGAAGCAAGGAUGCUCCUCUAAUUUAUUUCUGUGUAUAUUUUACUUUUCAAUGCAAUUUUGCCAUAUGCCCAAUGGAACCUUGUAAAUAAAUCACCCUUUUAGAAAUCUCAAUUAUUACUGCCAGUACCGUCUCCUUUUUCUAAUAUCCUGCACA